CGUGAGGCAGAAAAGCUCUGGAACGACAGCCGACACACCGGCGGACUGACCCGGGGACGGCGGCACCGGGACGCGGCUGGCAGUCGUUAACAGUUUAUCGUCCCCCACCCCCUCGACCACCCCACGCCCCCCAGGUGGAGGUAACCCCCUCCCGAGAACACAGAACUCGCCUCUUCUCCUCCACCGUCCUUCAACCGAGACAUCAACAAUGUCGCUGCUAGCCGUCUGAGGAUCGAUGACUCCCUCCUCCCGGUUGUUUGUACCGGCUGUGAGUCAAACUUGAACCGAGACAAUAAGCGACAAGCAGCGGCGCUCACUAUGCUUUUGUUGGCGGCGCGCAGCAGGAGAUGUCUCGAUAGCUGCCGUAUGGGGACGACAUGCCUUCAGUUGUUGUUGUGGAUUUUAUGCGCCGUGAACGGAGAGGAGCGGCCGUUCAGCGUGGAGACGUGGCUACAAAGAUAUGGCUACCUCCCUCCUGCAGACCCCAGAAUGUCAGUACUACGUUCUGCCCAAGUCAUGCAGUCUGCUAUCGCUGCCAUGCAGCGCCGCUACGGCCUCAAUGUUACAGGAACUCUGGACAGCAGCACCAUAGACAGUAACACACUAAGAUGGAUGAAGAAGCCCAGAUGUGGGGUUCCUGACCAGAUAGCAGGUGUAUCAAAAUUCAACGUCAGGAAACGGCGGUACGCCCUCACGGGACAAAAGUGGCAACACAAACAUAUCACAUACAGCAUAAAAAACGUGACACCCAAAGUUGGUGCUGAGGAGACCCAUGAUGCCAUCCGGCGAGCCUUUGAUGUUUGGCAAAAUGUGACCCCGCUGCGCUUCGAAGCUGUGCCAUACAGUGAAUUGGAGCGAACCAAGAAAGACGUAGACAUUACAAUCAUCUUUGCCUCUGGUUUCCAUGGUGACAGCUCACCAUUUGACGGUGAGGGUGGCUUCCUGGCCCAUGCCUAUUUUCCAGGGCCAGGAAUUGGAGGAGACACACACUUUGACUCGGAUGAGCCAUGGACACUGGGCAACCCCAACCAUGAUGGGAAUGAUUUGUUCUUGGUAGCAGUCCACGAGCUUGGCCACGCACUUGGGUUGGAACACUCCAACGACCCCACAGCAAUCAUGGCUCCUUUCUACCAGUACAUGGACACUGAGAACUUCAAACUGCCAAUGGACGAUCUGCUGGGCAUUCAGAAGAUUUAUGGGCCUCCUGACAAGCUCCCACAGCCCACCAAGCCUUUGCCAACAGUGCCCCCUGCUCGCUCUCACCCCCCAUCAGAUCCACGCAAACCAGACCGGCAGACCAGACCUCCAAGGCUGCCUCCCGGUGAUAGACCAUCCCACCCCAAUUCUAAACCUAACAUUUGUGAUGGAAGUUUCAACACCUUGGCAAUACUAAGGAGAGAGAUGUUUGUCUUUAAGGACCACUGGUUUUGGCGAGUAAGAGAUAAUGCUGUAAUGCCCGGAUACCCCAUGCUAAUCAAUGUUUUCUGGAGGGGUCUGCCACCUAAAAUUGAUGCGGUCUAUGAGAACAGUGAGGGCAAAUUUGUUUUCUUCAAAGGGAAGCAAUACUGGGUGUUUAAGGACACGGUGUUGCAGGCCGGUUACCCUAAGGACAUCACCCAGUAUGGCCACGGCAUGCCGGCUCAGAGCAUCGAAACGGCCGUGUGGUGGGAAGAUGUUGCUAAGACCUACUUCUUUAAAGGGGACAGGUACUGGCGCUACAAUGAGGAAAUGAGAACCAUGGACCCCGGCUAUCCCAAACCCAUCACCGUGUGGAGAGGUGUGCCUGAAUCGCCACAGGGGGCCUUUGUAGAUAAAGCCAAUGGUUUCACCUACUUCUACAAGGGGAAGGAGUACUGGAAGUUCAACAACCAGUUCCUCAGAGUGGAGCCGGGUUACCCGCGUUCCUUCCUUAAGGACUUCAUGGGCUGCGACUUAAUGCCGGUGGACCCGGGGCGCCCGCCCGCCGGCGACGGCAACACGGACGUGGUCAUCGAGCUGGACAACGAGGCGAACACGGUGAAGGCGGUUGCCAUCGUCAUCCCGUGUGUGUUGGCGCUGUGCCUGCUCGUGCUGGUCUAUACUGUGGUGCAGUUCAAAAGGAAAGGUACGCCACGCCACAUACUUUACUGCAAACGCUCCAUGCAGGAAUGGGUCUGAAGCAUUAAGAGAAGAGAACAGAAGUGGACGGCGGCACUCUAUCCUGUGAAGGAUGAUGUGGACAUUUGAAGCCACGUCCUCUUUUGUUCGCCGAUCAGACCCACAGCUGGCCUGCCAAUUGGCCCCUUACACACAAGGCAUGACCUCCGGACAAGAUGACUGUUGAAUCAGCUUUUUUCACUUACAAGGGGAGCAGAGGGACACUUUGUGGGGACUGCCUUCCCUAAAAUGACCUUCAGACAGUUAGAAAAUAAAAACAACUUGAGGUCCGUUUCGUUUUGUAUCUCUUUUGCCGGACUGCUCUUAAUCAGAAUCAGAGAGGACUUUUCAGCGGGACACACAGGCAAGUCAUUGUCAUCUGUCAUAUCAGGUGUCAGGACAAAAAAAAAAAUAUAAUAAUAAUCUGAUUUCUGUGCCCCCCACUCCAAAAGAAAAUUACACUUCUUUUGUUUUUUUAUUGUUCUUCUUUUAAUUUUCCAAUUUCAUUUGGAUUCUUUAAGGAGGUCGUCACUGUUCCCUUUAAAAUGUUCCCGAGGAAGAGACCAAACGAAACCAAAUAAAAUAUCUCCAAAGAGGAUCUCUUAUCUUUUUUCCUUUACGUUUUCAGAUGUCAUUUUGUCUUCAUUUGAUCCCUCUUUCCCUCCUCUGCAUCCAUGCAGUGAUUAAGAGUGGGAGCUCUGACUGUUGUGGCAAACAUUCUGCAAUAUUUGAACUCGCCUUAAUUAUACUUAAUAUUUCUUGCUUUGUUUUGCUGUUCUGUUGCGUUUUUUUUUUUUUUUCUAUACUGCUCCUCGUUCGUUUUAUUUUUUAUGAGAAGCAGCUUUAAAAGCUUCUUGUGAUUUGGUAUUUCUGGAUUUUAUUACAUGACCCAGAAUGCUCAGCACUGGCUUGCUGAGCUCUUCUGGACAAUCUAGUCCGCUUGUAUUCAGAGUAAUGUUAUUAUAUGUAGGCGGUCCCUGGAGUAAAGCCACUAUUUUGUGUUUUAUAUUUGUUGCUGUUAAAGUUUUAUCAUUUUCCUGUGGCAGAUUUCUGGCAACUUGAACAUCUUUGGAUUUAUUUUUUUGAUUGUCCUUUGUCUUAAAGUCCCCCUUUUAUUUUGACAAAUUGUAUAUCCAAAUGUCAUUCUCUCUGUUUUUUUUUUUUGUGAAUGGAUUUCUUUGAAGAAAUCCUGUCUACUGCCUUUUUUUGCGAGAUUUCUCACAUCCCUGAAUGCUGUCUUCUUUCUGUCCAAGGACCCGAAAAGUCAAGAUCAGUGCCUGUGUCAGCAUGCAUGCAAGCUUUUACAACCACACAUCUGCUCAACGUGGCUUUCUUCUCCUUAAAAGCUAGGAGGCCUUUUUUAACCUAUGUUUUUUUUUUAGAAUAUGUUACCCAAUUCCCACCCUACAGGUACAGGUAAAUCUAAAACAAACAUCCAAUAGGAUCAUGUAGGUACAUUUGGGAAGAUAUUAGGCAAUCUAUCCAGUUGGUCCCAUCAACAGAUCAACUUUUUAAUGUGCUUCUGAAUGUCUGUUUUCAUGAUCGCAUAGUCUUCUUUUCUUUUCUGGUUAAAGCAAAUGGAACAUCUCAAAUUUCUUUUUCGUGUAAGUCUUUGGGACAAAAGAGAAAAAUGUCCUGACAGAAUGAAUAAAUUGAUCAAUCCAUGAUUCAAAGCUG